AUCAAUCAAACCAAGUUUCUUCUUCAAUAUCUUUGUUUUGUUUCAAGUCUGUAUUUUCCAAAUGGGGAAACCGUGUUUCCAUGUUUCUUCCAUCUCCUCUUUCUUAUCUUGUCUUUUUUUCUUGAGCUUCUUUGUCAACAGUCUUGUGUCUCUACCGUUUCCUCGUCCGGACCAAAUCGAGAUCCUUAUGGCGUUUAAGGACGAGUUUCCAAUCCUGAAAUGUGACUUCAAAAAGUGUUCUACCUCAAAACAAAUAACAAAAUAUUGGACCAGCAAAGACGUUAAUUCCUUUGUUGGGGUUGAAUUUUCUAGCGAGACUGGUGUAGUGACAGAACUACAUCUACGUGGUGCAUGUCUCAGUGGCAGUCUCAGUGCUAAUAGUAGCCUUUUCAGGUUCCACGACCUCGGGUACCUCGAUCUCUCUUACAACUACUUUGACUCCUUCUCGUUCCUCCCCGAACUUGGCAAACUCACAAACUUAGAGGUCUUGUUUCUUGAUAAUAUGGGCUUAACCGGUGAAAUUCCAUCUUCAUUCAGUAGCCUAAACCGUCUAACGGAGUUGGUCGUUUCAGAAAACGAGCUUUUCGGCAGUUUUUCCCCUCUACUCAAUCUAUCAAAACUCUCUUUUUUAGAUUUUUCCAAUAAUCACUUUUCUGGAAAUGUUCCUUCUUCUCUACUCACCAUGCCUUUCCUGUCAAUUCUUGGUUUGAGCCAAAACCACUUCAUCGACUCUCUUGAAACUAUAAAUUGCUCUUCAUCAUCUAAGCUUGAAACAUUAUACCUUGACCAUAACCAUCUCAGUGGUCUAAUCCUAGAGCCUCUCUCAAAAUUAACCAACCUCAGAUACCUCUACCUAGAUUCUCAGAACACAACCAACCCAAUCAACUUUGCCUCCUCCUUGGGCUUCAACUCUUUAGAAACACUGUAUCUUUCCGGAAAUGCUAUAUCAAGGCUUAAUACCGGAUCACCAAAUUUGAAGACACUAUUAUUGGAUAACUGCAACCUCAACGAGUUCCCCACAUUUAUUAAAAACCUACAGAAGCUGGAAUAUUUGGAUAUUGCAAACAACAGACUCAAAGGAGAAGUGCCUAAUUGGUUAUGGAGUAUGCCUUCUUUGGUUUAUUUGUAUCUGUCUCACAACUCCCUCGAUAGCUUUGAAGGCUCUCCCAAAAUGCUUCUCAAUUCGUCGCUUAGAGAGUUAGAUCUGAGGUCAAAUGAUUUUCGAGGAUCUCUUCCUAUUAUUUCACCAAGAUUGAGGUUCAUGCUUGCAUCAAAUAAUAGUUUCACAGGAGACAUUCCUCUUUCAUUGUGCAACCAAAGCUACCUAGGCGUCCUUGAUCUAUCUCACAACAAUUUCAGUGGUUCAAUUCCUCGAUGCUUGAUUACAUCAGAAGUAGAAGCACUGAAUCUCCGAAACAACAAUCUCAUUGGGAGACUGCCAGACACAUUCCACAAAAAUAGCUCACUAAUAUCCCUUGACGUCAGCCACAAUCAGAUAACUGGGAAGCUUCCAAGGUCUCUUACAAAUUGCACAUACCUAGAGUAUCUAAACGUAGAGGGCAAUAGAAUCGUGGACACCUUUCCGUUUUGGCUGAAGGAUCUAUGGUAUCUACAAGUCAUCGUCUUACGAUCAAACAUGUUCCAUGGUCCUAUCUAUUCUCCUCAUCAUCAUCUAUCAUUUCCUCAACUGCAGAUGGUUGACAUAUCACGUAACAAAUUCACCGGAAGGCUACCACAAGAUUACUUUGUCACUUUGAGUAUACCCUUGAUCAGUAUUCCCCAAAAGGAAAGAGAGCUGAGUUACUUGGGAGAUCAUUACUGGUAUCUGAAUAAGUAUAACCUUUCCAUGUAUUUGAGAAACAAGGGAAUAAACAUGGAGCUGGAAAAGAUCCUUGAGACCUACACAGCCAUUGAUUUCUCUGAAAACAAUCUUGGAGGACAGAUUCCAGAAUCCAUAGGCCUUUUGAAGUCUCUUAUUGUGCUCAACUUAUCCAACAAUGACUUCACAGGCCAUAUUCCAUCAUCUUGGGCUUAUCUCACGAGCCUCGAGUCACUAGACCUAUCUCAGAACCAACUCACUGGAAAAAUCCCGCAGGAGCUAGCAACCCUCUCGUUCUUGGAGUACAUCAACGUUUCACAUAACAAACUCACGGGCCAGAUACCACACUCCACGCAGAUUGGUGGACAGCCUAAAUCAUCUUUUGAAGGGAAUCUCAAUCUUUGUGGUCUUCCUCUUGAGGAGAGUUGCUUUGGGGACAAGGCACCAUCAACACCAGAGGCACAAGAGCCAGAACCUCCAAAGCAAGAGCAAGUGUUGAACUGGAAAGCAGCGGCAAUAGGAUAUGGCCCUGGAGUCUUGUUCGGACUGGCGAUUGGACAGGUCCUUUAUUCGUACAAACCGGUGCUGUUCUUCAAGUUGUUUCGCAUAUGAAAUGAAGUUUUUGAAUUUAGUUUUGUUGAAAUAAGUGGUAAAUGCUUUUGUAACUCUUCCGACUUAGAUAUGUAUGUGUGUUUUAUAAAGAAAAAAAAUAUGUGUGAGUGGUGAAAUGAAAGUCUACCGUACGUAGGUUUUCCUUUCUUUUUUUCAUGUUUCAUUGUUAGUUUAUACUCAUGUGUUGUGUUGAUCAUUCAUCCUUACAUAAACAUGAAAACAG